AUGGACACAUCACAGCACAGAAUGUUGGUGGUUGUCGAUACACCACAAGCGCAGAAUAAGAAUCGCUCAUCAGUUUGUUUCCAUGUGCUGCGAGAUGAUGUGAUUCUGGGUCAAGAAAGUGCCGUGUCGGCACUAUCGACAACGGUAAACGAUGAUAGUAAAUUGUCUAGACUUUAUCAAGCUUUCAAAGUGGCCAAUAUUGAGGUUGGCAAUCGGUUCUUCGUAUUUGUCUUGUUUUUUGAACGUCACGAUAUUAUAUCAUGCUGA